AUGCCAACCCCUCCUCCUGGCGCAUACCCCCCAGGAACCCAACUUGUUGUGGGGUCACACAAUGCUGUCGUUAAGAAUUUUCUUUCAGUUGGUGGCUACGCUCAGGUUUAUGUCGUUUAUAUGAAUCCUCCUUUUUCCGACGGCAACCAGAUUGCUUGUUUGAAGCGCGUCAUGGUCCCCGAUAAAGUCCAACUUAAUCUUUUGCGCGCCGAAGUUUCAGCAAUGCAACGUUUGGAAGGCCAUCCCAAUAUUGUUGAAUAUGUAGACUCACAUGCCGCUAGAUCCGCAAUGGGUCUUGGCUAUGAAGUUUUUGUUCUUAUGGAAUACUGUUCUGGUCACGGCCUUUUGGAUUUUAUGAAUGCUCAUCUCAGAGACCUUCUUUCUGAAACACAAAUUCUUCAAAUUGCUUGUGAUAUUGCUUCAGGUCUUGCUUAUAUGCAUUACCAAGACCCUCCAUUAAUACACCGCGACUUGAAGAUUGAAAACGUCCUUAUUUCUGGGGACGGCGUUUUUAAACUUUGCGAUUUUGGCUCUGCUUCGCCUGUUUUGCGCCCCCCAAGAAAUGCACAGGAGUACCAGAUUCUUGAAAAUGAUAUCCAAAAUAGAACAACAAUGCAGUACCGUUCUCCUGAAAUGGUCGACCUUACUCGUGGCUUCCCCAUUGAUGAAAAGUCUGACAUUUGGGCAUUUGGUGUUUUUGUUUAUAAGCUUUGCUACUACACAACUCCAUUUGAAAAAGAGGGCGACCCAGCAAUUCUGAGCGCCAAAUAUACAUUCCCUCCUAAGCCCGCAUUUUCUGAACGCUUAAAACGGUUAAUUCGCGUUUCGCUCAGUGAAGACCCUCGAAAUCGCCCAAAUAUUUACCAGAUUCACAAAGAAAUUUGUGAUAUGCGCGGCACUCAAACUGAUCUUCAGAAUAUUUACGUUAGUCCCACAUCUACUCAGCGAAUAUCAUCGGCUGAACCAUCUCUGGCCAAUUCAAAACCUAACUCGGGAUUGACGGCAACAACACCAUCCAAGUCUGCAGCACCCCAACUACUGCAACCUAACGCUCAACCUAAAGCAGCUCAACCCCCACCUCAGGCAUCUCAAGCACUAAAACUCAGCUCUGUGACUCCUCCAGCGCAACAAUCAAGCAAGCCAGAAACUGGUAAUGCCAAGAUUACUUCAGCAGCCACAGCCUAUCUUGCCACUGCGCAGCAAGGCACCGCUACUCCAAAAGAGCCUGCCACCACUACACCUAAACCCUCAUCCUCGAGCUCCAAGUCUCCUGUGGACCCAUUUUUGAUUCAAGAUGACGAUGAUGUCGAUAUUGACAAGCUGAAUGCAGAGGACAUUGAGUCCAAGUACCCCACUAUUGAGGAGCUUACAAUGAACUUGGAACAACAGUCAUUUGGUUCAAGUUCUCCAACAAAACCUGCGCAACCAAAGACGUAUACCUCGUCUAAUCUAAAUCUUACACCUAGCAUUUCUUAUCCAUAUUCUAAUAAUGAUGGUGUUUUUACCAAUGCACCUACCAUUGCACCAGUUUACUCGGUUACAUCACCUUGGACAAUCCCUCAAACUUCUAAUCCUUCUCCUGGACAAUCUCUUUCAACAACCCCCAGUGCUGCUACCACACUUGCUGGAUCUUUUUCUACUACUCUUCAGACACCAGCUAGUAAUAGUCUUUUGUACACCUCUUAUGACCAAAAGUUUUCUCAACUUCAGCCAAAUGUGCAGCCAGCUUCGCAAAAGAUUUACAAAUCGCAGACUCAGCCAUCUCAAGCUCAAACAUAUAAGCCAAACAUGGUUUCCCAUAGCACUAUGACUUCACCUGUCGCCAGUAGAUCUCAUACUCCUGCUGUUGUUUCUAAUGUUCAGACCGCUAUUGCUCAACAACAGCCAGUGAAUCCUCAUGUUAUCAAUCAAGACGCUGCUGUUGGAACCUCUAGAUCUUCCACUCCUUCUUCAUCAUCAGACGAUGAUCCUUUGGCUGAUGAUGGUUAUUAUGCAUCCACAACACUCAAGUAUAAGUCUCAAACACCAGUAAGUGAAACUCCAUAUACGCAGCAAUUAUCUAAACCCAAGUCUGUUGGAAAUAACUUGGGAGUUCCUUCUGGCCGUUCUUCUGAGGAACGACCUAGCACAAGACCUGUUUCUAUGUACAUUUCAGGAUCUGACUCUAUUAAUGACUCAAACGACUUUACUUCAAAACAAGUGAACCUUCAGCCUAAGGUUAGCCAUCCAACCACUAUUUCUCAGCCUAAACCUCAAUCAGCUCUUUUGCAGCCUGAGGUGGUCCUUAUUGAGCCUAUUGAUACAGAAGAAAAGGAUCGUCUUAAAUCUUUGCUUACCGGUCUUUCGGAGAAGUCAAGUACUAUGAUAUUGGACAGUAAUGAAAGCUAUAUUGAUAAUGGUGUUGAUUUUCUCAAAUCUCUUAACAGAGAAUCAACAGGCCGUUCACGCCACAGCAGAUCUCCUAGCGCGUCAUCUAUUCAUGAAGAAUCUCUCCAGCCUCCUCCCUCAAACAGAAAGUCUUCUUUCCACAAUAAGAAGAGUAGUGUUUCAUUGAAACAUGCUGUUUCUUCCAAAAUCGGAGAUGCUUUUAAAAAGUUUGAUGGGAGUAACAAACGCUUGGAAACCAAAUCUGCCCCCUUGUCAAAUCUUAAAAAGAAUAAGUUUUCUUAUUCUACUGAAAGUUUGGGUACUUAUGAUGAUUACAAUCAAGAUGAGGAUUUUUCAAAUUAUAGAAACUCGGGAAUGACCCGUCACACUUCUGUUCGUGUUCCAAGUAGCACACAGCGAGGUGGGGGUUAUGGUGGAAAUGGCUCAGUUCACAAUAGAAUUCAAGCACUCAUGAAUCCUCGCAACGAACCUCCCCCAAAGACAGCUACAGGGUAUGGUAAAUACACUGAUCGUAAUUGGGAAGAGAACAUCAUGAAUGAUGAAGAAAACACUGCUUCAACUAUUCAACCUAUUCGCUCUUAUACCUCUAUUCCUAACCAGUAUCAAAGAGGCCGCACUUCUCUUGAUAUUCCUCGAAGCGACCAGCGCCGAUCUGUUGAUUUUUCUUACAACAGAACCACACCAAAGGACGAGAAAAAAUCUAAGAUUAUGAUAACAAGCCCAUCGUCUGUUUCUUCUAUUUCAUCUAGUCCUGCUCCUGGUCGUCACCAUAUUCCUCAUCCACAUCUUCCUCAUCACCGUUUUUCUAGAAACAAGAGCUCCAAGAAUAACUACAAUGACGAUUUCAUUAGAUACCGGGAUGAAGUUAGUGAUAGCAGCGGCGAUGAGGAUGAACAAGGGAACUAUAUUCCUUCAAACAGAAUUGACUUGCGCGAUCAAACUUUAAAAGCUCCACCGGAGUUUCACGCCCACAAGCGCCAGUUAUCUACUAUCUCAUCUGCCUCGUCUUCUACUGAAGGAUCAAGUUAUUUGGGGCUCCCCAAGAGACCUCCUAAUAAACCCAUUAAGCCAGCUCACUUAAAGUCUCCAAGAAGGGCUGACAGUGAUAUUAGUGAUACUGGUUCUACAGUUUCUCCCGCUUAUAACAAGAGUUCUUCGGCUUCGACACCUGCUUUGGGAUCUUCUAACCCUGCUAUUAAUAAGUUGCGAUCUGACAUGGAAAAGGCAGGCGCUACAACAACUAGUCGCUUUAAUACCGAUUCCACGUCUCGCUCUAACAACUCCAAUUUGAUUGAUAUCACGCCGGGUCAGUCUCCCAUUUCAUCUACCAAUGAAGACUGGAAAGAUGUGUUUAACCACAAGUAUCCUAACCUAGUUUAA